CACAACCAUAACAACAAUUGGUUCGAGAUAAGCGUCUCACAUCCUACAAUCGCUGUGAUGGAUACUAUCUCACACCUAUCAUGGCUUCUAUAUCCCAACGCAUUGUGACUGAAGAAUUUCCCACGAGCUGUGCACGUUCUGGAAACUUCCACAGUGUUCGCGCAACCGAGUUUCAGUCCACAUCGAUCAGAAAAUGACCCAAUCCCAUAUCGAAAGGAUUCCAUACUCCGCACCUAGAGGAACGUUCAUUGAUGCCUUGAAGCGCGAAGGAUGCGUGAUAGUCCAAAAUUUCAGUACGCCAGAAACACUAGAGCAAGCACGGCAGGAAGUCCAACCGUGGCUGGAGAAGGAAGAGCACCGCAGCAAACUCGGAGGUAGAUUGAGACUUCCAGCGCUGAAUGGCGGCACUCGCACCUGCACGCGCCUCAUCGGACGGAGCCAGACGGUUCGCGAGAAGUUCUUCUCAGAUCUACUGGACCUAGCUGAAGAGUUUCUUGCGAUCACGACGACCAAUUGGUAUGGCGAAGAGCCGUCCACCAACAUCACCCACCCGCUGCUCUCAAUCGCCAUCACAAUGGAUAUUCGGCCCGGGGCGAGAGCGCAGAAGCUCCAUCGUGAUGACAAGAACCACCAUGCCAGACAUACCCGUGUUGACGCGUACCACACGAACCGCGACAUCCUUCUAGGGUUAUUUGUGCCAGGAUGCGAUACUCGCCGCGCGAAUGGAGCCACGCGCGUGGUUCUCGGUAGCCACCUCUGGGGUGACGAGAAGCCUGAUUUCGGGCCCGAUGGGAACACAGGCGUGUUCUUUGAAUCUUCAGGUGGCCGGAUGAUGCAUAUCAUGUUCAUGUGCAGUGGAGUUUAUCGGCAAGAGUCGAAGUUGGUGCAACAGCGGUUGGGCUGGACACAGUCCGGACCAAACCUGGGAUGGGUAGAUCUUGCGUCUCCGGAUGCGUUGCUGUGA